UAAAAAAAUGACAGAGGAGACGAUCACAAAUAAGAAAAUUUACUCUGAAGAGAGAGAGACAUGUCUUUAUGGCGACGCGACAUAUUCUUGGUCACAACUCCAAAGAGGAAACUUUUAUGUGACGGAUGCUUUUGUUGCUGGUGUGUGCAACCUGCCAGAUGAAUAUGACGAGGCCAAGUAUAGAGAAUUUGUUAACUUGUAUGGAACGCAUGUUGUUAUAAAGUCUGAUUUGGGAACAAAGACAAUAAAGGUCUUUGAGGCUACGACUGCGGAGUUUACAGAAUUUGCUUUAGAGCAGGUAUGGUCCACUCACAAGGAAGUACUAUUUCUUAAACGAUAG